GAUGCAAGGACGGGGCAACCAGUCGAUGAGCCCUUGCGAGGGCACACUAAUUAUGUCAACUCGGUCUCGUUCUCGCCGGACGGCACUCGCAUCGUCACUGGUUCGGACGAUAAGACUGUUCGGCUGUGGGAUGCAAGGACGGGGCAGCCAGUCGGUGAACCCUUGCGGUGGCACACUCUCGGUAUCGUUCUCGCCAGACGGCACUGGCAUCAUCACUGGUUCGAACGAUGAGACUAUUCGGUUGUGGGAUGCAGCGACGAGGCAGCCAUCGCAACAGUGCGCCGUGUCAGAUCCAUCAGCAUUCUCAGAUGAACAUUGCACGAUCGAGACCAUCACUACCAUGAAAUCGAACACUUGGAACAAUCACUUCAUUUCCUUCUCGUCUAACUCCAUCCAUGCGCUCUGUGAUACCUCUGAGCUAACGGAUGAUACCCAGAGAAUGUCCGUCCUGAGCUUGAUUUGAGCCGCAUGGCACAUGGACAACACUGGCAAAAUUGCC